AUGGAUCCAAAUAAUGGUACUUAUACAAAUUUGACAGAUAGAAAUCAUCAUCACCAUCAUCAUCAUCAUAAUCACGCCGAUUCAUAUGAAUUUGGUGAUUCAACAUCACCAUUUAAUUUUGAAGAAAACUAUGCAAAUACGAACGAAACUAAUAUUAACAGUGAAAAUUUAACGAAUGAUAAUAAUAAUGGUACCAAAAAACGUAAGUCAGCUCGUUCGUCAAGACAUUCAUCGAAAGAAAACAGUGAUGAAAGUCAUGGUGGUAUAAAUCAGCUGGGAGGAUUGUUUGUUAAUGGGAGACCACUGCCCGAUGUUGUUCGACAACAAAUUGUCAAUUUAGCCCAACAAGGAAUAAGACCAUGUGAUAUAUCGAGACAAUUAAAGGUCUCACAUGGUUGUGUUAGCAAGAUACUUGGCAGAUUUCAACAAACUGGUUCAAUUCGUCCUGGUGUCAUUGGUGGUUCAAAACCUAAAGUAGCAACACCAAAAGUAAUCGAUGCUAUUACUCAAUAUAAAAAAAAUCAACCAACCAUGUUUGCAUGGGAAAUUAAAGAAAAACUUGUAACAGAAAGAAUAUGUGAUACAAAAACAGUUCCAAGUGUUAGUUCAAUAAACAGAUGCAUUUACAGGAUUGUGAGAACAAAAGCAGAUAAACAAAAAAAUGGUAGUCAACAAACAUCACAUCAAGAACAUAAUACUAAUAGCAAUAGUAAUCAAGGAAAUUAUCUUUCGAAUACAUCAUCAAACAGUUCAACAAGUAGUUUUCAUCAAGAAGAUCUUCAGCAACAACAAACAACGGUAGCACAAAUGGUGGCACUUAAUCAACGUUCUCAACAAAUUCAACGACAACCGACACAAGUGACAAUUGAUAUUGGUGGAACGACGUGGACAACAAUUGAAAAUACAUAUCAGAAGGAUGCAAAUGAUAAUAUUCUAAUUGCUAUAACGCAGGAUAAAGUCGAAAUCCUUGAACAUUUUUUCCAUGAAAAUCCAUUUGCUGAGUAUACACAAAUGGAUGAAAUACAGCAGCGUACACAAUUAGACGAACAAAUUAUUAAGCAUUAUUUUGACAGUGCUCGUUUGAAUUGGCAAAAUGGUGCACCUAUUCACUCUUAUUAUCAUCAGCCUCCAGAGUCACCGUACAUGAAUAAUGUACCAACGAAUCAAGGCGUUCAUUCUCAUCAAUGUUUAGCUGACCGUCUUGGAGUUGGAAUUGUACCACCAUUGAGUCCAAGCUCGCAAAUAACAUUUCAGCAAUUAUCGAUUUUGCAACCAGCUAGUCCAAACCAUUCAAAUAUUACAGAUAUAGAUGCGGAUGAAACAAAUGUGGAUGGUGAAAGUGUUAUUGUACAACAGCAACAACAACAAUCGAACAAUUCUCAAAAUUCACUAUCAUCAGCUAUUACAGUAUCAACAGCCGAUUUUCAAACAUUUUUUAAUCCAACCAUUGUCGAUUAUGAAACGUUAACACAACCAACAAAUGGUGUUACCUAUGCGGAUUUAACACCGGUGAUCACUUGUACACCGUUACCAUCAUUUGAAACAUUGAAUAGAUCUGAAUGUUAUUUCUACAGCCAACCGCCACCUGAUGUAUGGCGUUUUGCUAAUGACGAUAGUGGUUCUUAA